UUGGAAAUGAUCUCGAGUACGACCUCUUUCGGAUGGACCAACCGCCUCCGAGUGUGGAUGCUUGCACGCGUGGGUCUCUCGAUAACUGGGCGCUCAAUGCAACUGUUACAAUGUCUUCCACGGACGUGAACUCGACGCUCAAAUUAGGCGUAAACGAUAACUUAAACCUGACAAAUUGUCCUGCAACGCAGACAACUGCAAAUCCUUUGGUACGAGUUGAUAUGAAUGCUACAAGACAAGUCGACAAGGUCUUUCUUCUUUUUCCCUCUGACAUAGCAAUAAACAGGCUAGAGAUCUACGUCGGAGAAGACGGUGGCAACAAUAGAGCAAUAAACCAUCUGUGUACAAGUAUUCAAUCAGUUACCAAUCCUUGGACGGUCGCAUCUUGCACGCAGCCCAUGAACGGUCGUUAUGUCUUCUUGCGUUUACAAGAAAAUGCAACAACUAUCAAAAUUUGCAGAAUAUACAUAUACAGCACUUGUCUCACUACAUCUUGUUCAAACGUCGCUCUCAGUCGUCCAGCUUACCAAUCAUCUCUGUCGAGUCGUGGGAUCGCAAGUCUUGCAGUCGACGGCAAUCGUAACUCCAAUUACUUUCAAAGAUCGUGUACACAUACUAAGAAAAAGAACGAUCCGUGGUGGUACGUUGAUUUGCAACGGCUACGAGUCGUACAGAAAGUUCUUGUCACAAAUCGUAAAGAUUGCUGUGUGAACCGUCUUAAUGGCAUGGAAGUGUGGAUUGGUAUCGACAAUAUCCCGACAUUUAGUAAUGCUCUCAAUACAAGGUGUGGAGUUAUACCAACAGUCGGAGGCGGAGAAACUGUGACAGUCAAUUGCUCAGCAAACACUGUGGGCCAGUAUGUGAUCAUUCGCAUUCCAGGAAGGAACAAGACACUAACUUUAUGUGAAGUUGAAGUGUAUGAAGCAUGCACUCGUCAACCUAGAUGUGUAAACAGCGGAUGUAAGCGUGGUAAGAAUGCUAAUGUUGCUCUUGGAAGACCUACUCGUCAAUCAAGUAACUUCAACUCAAUCUCAGUUUCAGCCAAUGCUGUUGACGUUAAUUAA